AUCUGGUGACAUGAUUGUGGUGACUGCCGAAUCAGAGUUAACACAUAAUGGAAUAUCGCCCUAUUACUGGACACCCGCUGCUGUCAUCUCUUGUGUCAUGACCGUUUACACCUUAAUCUAUGCAUCGAUCUAUACGGAUGGCUUUCGCAUCACUUGCAAACAGUAUAGCGAAUCAUUGGUCAAAGACAUUCAAGGAGCUGGCAAUAUUGUGCCUGUUAUAAAGGGUCGAUUGUCUUGCGGGGCAAUCUUCGAUUUCAUGGACUACUUGGUGGAGACCAUUUCCUAUGAGCGGCGUAAAUAUGGGCGCAUCAAUACUGGAGCAUGCCUUUACAUGACACUCAUAUGCAGUUGGUUGACUAUAUUCUUUUGGAUUAUUGUAUGUGUAGUGAACAUUGUACAAACACGUCGCACACGUUCGGAGCGAGUCUGAUUAUGACUUAAUUUUCUAAAUGAAAAUAAACCAGUCAAUUAUGCGCAUGACAUUUGAAAUUCAGGAAGCAAAAUAUACACAAGUGCUUGCAUUUGCCAUUUUUACAACUAAAACGUCCACUUACGAAUUAUUAUAUAGUAAAUACAACACCAAAAGUAUUAAGUAUUGCAUACUUUAGAUGAGAAA